ACUUUCUUUUUCUAUAGUUUUUAUAUGCAACUCUCUUUAAAAAAAAUCUUAUUUAUUUACCUUAUAUUAGUAAGAGAUAUUUAUGUAUAUUAUAUUUAUUAUAGAAACUUAGACUUGUUGUUAUAUAAAGGUUUCAUAUUUGUCUCUCUCUUUUUUGACAAAAUUUUCGUAUUUGUCUUUUAAAGUAAUUUUUGUCUAUUUCAUAUCGAUUAAAAUUUAUAACACUGUGAGUUUGUAUCUUCAUAAAGAGAACAAUGUGUUUGCAUGACUGUUGUUGUAGCCGAAGAUUCAAGAAUGAUGAUGUGUGAAUAGUUAUGGUUGUAGCCGGAGAUUAAAUAAUGAUCAUGUGUUUGUAUAGUUGUGGCGGUGUGUUGAUAAUCCUAUUUUCUAUAAUAAACUAGCAAAGUCCAAUGACCAAAAACGGGAGUCAAGUGUUUUGAGCCAACGGUUAAGCUCUUACCAACUGUAACAUCGGUGCGUUAUUCAGUUUCUCAUCUAUAACCGUUUGGUUCAGAUCGAACCAAUGAUAGAUGAUCCUCCGCGUAAGAUCGACGGUCGUUAUUCAAUUUCAUCAUUCCUUUUUUGUUUCCCUGGCAAUUGAUUCAACGGUCCAGAUCGGAUCCUGGUGGAUCCUCCGUGUAAGAUCGACGGUCACUAUUCAAUUUCCUUUUUUGAUUGUUCAGCAAUUUCCUUUUUGAUUUAGAAGUAUCUAAUAUAUAUAGUUGAAUAAAGUUUUAUCAUAUCCCCUAAUUAUACAACUCUAGAAGUUUGCUUUCUCUCUCAAACAAAUUAAAAAACUCAGACUCUAACUAGGGUUUUAGUUGCAGUGAAAAGUACAUAUUCUAGUAUGAUGGAGUUUGUGAAAUCGUUGGGCAAAGGUUCGGGUGGUUCUGUCAAUCUCAUCAGAGUCACUACACCCGACGGCUCGAACCCGCACUACCACGCCGUGAAAAGCUCAAACUACUACGACUAUCUCCACGACGAGUUUCAGAUUCUAUCUAAGCUCAGAGAUUGUCCCGGAAUCGUGCAAACCUUUGGAGCAUCUCUGUCGAGAGGUUUCAAUGUUCACGGGAGAAAAGUUUACAGCAUGUCGAUGGAGUACGCAGCUGGUGGAAAUUUAACUUCUUUCAUAGAAACAAGGUCGUUGACGGAUACGAUGAUCAGAGACUUCACUCGUAUGAUUCUUCAAGGACUCGUCGCUGUUCAUGAUCUCGGAUACGUCCACUGCGAUCUCAAACCGGACAAUCUUCUCGUGUUUCCACGUGAUGUUAAUGUUGGUGUGAUGAACGAAGUUUCGUACGAGUUGAAGAUUUCUGAUUUUGGACUGUCGACAGAAGUUGGAGAAGACUCGAAGUUUUGGGAGUUUGAUUCUCCCUACUUGGGAACGCCUCUUUACAUGUCGCCCGAGUCUGUUCGUUACGGCGUGGCGAAGAAGUCGUUAGACUUGUGGUCGCUAGGUUGCGUUGUGUUGGAGAUGCACACAGGAAAGCCUCCGUGGCCGUUCCAAGACUCGAAGGAGUUUUUGCGUCAUUUGUUGGAUGACAAGGCACCAGAGGUUCCAGAGUAUGUUCCUUGGGAAGCACGGCAGUUUCUAGAGACGUGUUUCGCAAGGAAUCCUGUGGAGAGAGGAAGCGCUUCGGGUCUGUUGAAGCAUCCGUUUCUGAUGAGAACAGAUGGUCACUAAGAGUGAAGGACUUGGCUUGCGAUAGACUGAUUAGGAUCGUUUACAUUGUAAUAGCUUAUAUAGCAAAUUCUCAUUGUAACAAAUCUUUUGUGACAUAAAUAAAAAUUCAGUUCAUCAUAACUCUAAUGCUCAAGAGUUUAAACUCUAUAAAUCAAUGAAUCGAACUGAGUAUUUUAAAGAGUAAGUUAAAACGGACUGAAUGAUUUAGACCACUUAGUGGUCCGGCAUGGGGUGUUACAGUUAUUCCACCAAAGCACACUUCAGUUUAAGAAAGUUGCGGAUAGACCCUUGAGGCUGAAGACCAUACCUCCAAAACCGCCAGUAUGCAAUGUCGUGUUUGUUCAGUCGUUUUGUCUCACUGGGUCAGUGUGUUCCGUCGUUUAGUUACUUGGUGGUAGAUGGAUCAGACCAAGAUAAUACACAGUUGUGGAGCAGCCAAGGCAAGCAAGACCAAGUUUGGUUCCUGUAUUAGCAUUGCCACUUGGUCGCUAAACCAUCUCGUUUACUUUUG